AUGACAGUGAAGAAUAGAUACCCAUUACCUAGAAUUGAUAAGCUAUUUGACCAGCUACAGGGCACACAUGUCUUCUCUAAGAUCGAUAUGCGAUAUGGGUAUCAUCAGCUGAAGGUGAAAUUGGAAGAUGUACUGAAGACUGCAUUCCAGAGUAGGUUGAUGAAGAUAGCCCAUUUAAUCCCAAUAAAAGUUAGUCAUUCCGUGGAUAAGUUGGUAGAGUUAUAUGUUCAAGAGAUAGUUAGAUUGCACGAAAUGCCGAUGUCAAUUGUCUUAGAUAGAGAUCAACAGUUUACUUUCUGGAUCUGGAAGAGUCUUUAA